AUGGCACAACGGAGGCCUCCGCCAUGCGCUGCGGGCAGCACCGUGACGGUGACUUUGGAAGGGCAGAGCUUGCAGCAUAGCAAUCAGGUGGAACACGCGCACGGGGUGAGCUACAGUCUGAGCUGCAGCAGUGUGAACGCCGACUACAGCGGAGACUUGGAGGUCUCCUGUGAUGCCUCAGAGUUGAAGGCUGACACCUCCACCUGCAUUGGCAUCCCCUGUGAGACUACAGCCACCGUGGAGGUCUCAGUGGGCUGGCUGAAUGGGACCCUGGCACCUAGCAGCCAGGAAGCACACGGCAACACCUGGACAUCCAACUGCUACAGCAUCAAUGAGGAGUUCUCGGGUGACAUCGCUCUGACCUGCGCAGGCGGCACCGUGAGUGCCGUCAUGGCCUGUACUCAGAUGGAGGUUGGAUGCCAACCAGGAGGACAAGGCCGUGGUGAUGCGGUCACCGUGGAGAGCUACACACAGGCUUUACAGCCCAGUGCUCCAGUGCAGCUGGGUGGUCAGUGGAGCUUU